AGGUACGGUUGAUUCAAUCAUCCCCAAGGCGCCAAAUAUGCUAAUUUCCCUCAGCAGCCGAGUCUUCACUCUCCCGUCAACACUGUCUUUGGGAACAUUCAUCAAACACCUUCCAACUCCAAAAUCAUCUCUUCAAUUCUACCCAAUUUCAAUCCAUAAAGCCACCCGCGCACUCUUCUCCGCUGGAGGUGGUAUCCACAGCACACAUUUCGAGGGAUUAACCUCGAACCAGAAACAUCAAAUUCAUGUCUACAUUGACUCACUUCUCCAAUGGAAUCAGAAGAUGAAUCUUACUGCGGUGAAAGAAGAAAAUGAGGUGAUGGAAAGGCACGUGGAGGAUUCUUUGGCAAUUAUUGAUCCUAUUCGUACCUCGUAUCUUUCUCAUUGUGGAGAGUCUUCUGAAAAUAUGAGAGUUGUUGAUGUUGGAAGUGGAGCAGGGCUUCCUGGAUUAAUCCUGGCCAUUGCGUGCCCCGGUUGGAAGGUGACAUUAUUGGAAUCUAUGAAUAAGCGAUGUGUCUUCUUGGAGAAUGUGGCUGGCCUCAUUGGCUUGCCAAAUGUUCAAGUUGUAAGAGACCGUGCUGAGUGUUUAGGACAAGAGGAUGCCUUCAGAGAGAGCUUUGAUGUUGCAGUUGCUAGAGCAGUUGCAGAAAUGAGAAUUCUAGCUGAGUACUGUCUUCCUCUAGUCCGUGUGGGUGGUUUGUUUGCUGCUGCAAAGGGUCAUGAUCCCCAGGAGGAAGUUGCAAGAGCUGAAAGAGCUAUCCGUUUGAUGGGUGCUUCUCUUUUGCAAACGUGUUCUGUGGAAUCACACAGCAAAUAUGGGCAAAGAACAGCAGUUAUAUGUCUAAAAGAUGGUCCCACCCCAAAGAAAUAUCCUCGUGCUCCAGAUUGAGGCAAUUAUGUGUAUGUGGAUACAAUUGCUGAAAAUGGUCUCAAAACAGGUCCUUUAGUUUUUUCCCCUUCACUCAAGGCAUCUUGAAUCUGAGACUCGGACCAUCGUCGAUUAUGUUUCUCAAUUAAAUUUUUGUGUACUAUAAAUGGUCUACUCUACACUAUAUGAAAGCAGGAUCUGGUUAGUAGGCAGUUCAAAUUUUCUGUUUUUCCUGUGGAAUUUUAGGCUUCUCUUGGUGCACCUAAUUUUGUCA